AUGGAUGCAUUUCGUCAAACAUUUAGCAAAGGUUCAUUCAACGUAAUUAUUUUGGUUACGGAUUACUAUAAAAAUUCCACGGCGUUGAUGGACUACAUUCAAGUCGGAGAGUUGUUCAUUACGAGUGACAAGAGCGCUGACAAGACUGGCUGUCUGGACGUGUUUUACAAGAAUUCAAAGUAUAUAUUUUUCUUAAAAAAUGCAAUAUCGUCGAGCAAUACAACCUAUCAAGUAAUCGCGAAUCCCAUUCGGUUCAAAGAGCAAAUCAGCGCAAUGAUACGUGCAUUAACUUGUUCUGGAUGCUAUGCACCUACAAUCGAGAAAUUAACGAAUCAGCAGUUGCAACACGGCAGCACUCUGACGAUGACAUGCGCAGUCAAAGGACGUCCAAGACCUGUGAUACUUUGGCUCAAAAACGGCAGAUCCAUUAACCUGGCGGAUAAAGGUAUAACAGUGGAACAAAUAAGGCCUUCAGAUGAAGAUACGGAAUCUGUCCUUGAGAUAACGAAUGUUAUACGAAUUGAUUCAGGAGAAUACAAAUGUCUUGCUUCCAAUCAUCUCGGAGAAGCUAGUGCAACAUUUUCACUUCGAGGUAAGUAA